UCAAAUAUGAACGUCCAACUUCACUAUUGUGUUAUGUUGCUGCCGAGUGUAGUCCCGGCGUUGUGAGCAGGUGUGAGGCAAUUGCUUCAGCUCUUACAGUGAGCCACUCGUGCUCGGACCUCUCGCUUUGCACCUGGCCGCGCCACACAGUGAAAGUGAGCUUUGGUUUCUCUAGCGCAGUCUUGUGUACCAUGGCAACGUACCAGUAUCGGCAGGAGCCCCUGACAACCUGUCCAUACAAUCCUGCGCACCAGGUGAAGCUCGGCCGGCUCCAGAUCCACAUCACCAAGUGCAAGAAGGCGUACCGAGAAAAGGAGAUGAAGCAUUGCCCAUUCUCGGCUGAACAUGUGGUUCCUGCCAGUGAGCUGAUGCACCACAUCUACACAUGCCCCAUGAACACAACAGUAGAGCGCUUCCUCACAGCUGCAGAGAAAGACAAGCCCACGGGGGAUGUUACCCUGCCGCCUGCUUCUGAGGAUGUGCCAACAGAGGAGAACUGGGAAGAAGAGACCAGCGGAUCAGCCAACCUGGAGGACAAGAUUUCGAGGCCAUCUGUGACUCCCGUGUUUAUGAAUGUCCAAGCAAUGGCACCGGCGGAACGCCGGCACUACUAUGCAUCCCUGCACAGCCAGGCAGAUGAGCUGUUGCCGGGCGAGAUGAAGCCAAAAAUGUUGCCCCAAGUGAAGACAGUGGAAGAGGAGGAGGUGGAGAUGCUCCCCAUGCCACCCAUGCCCAAGACAGAGUCCAAGGUUCUUCUGCAGCUGAAGGCAAUGGAGGAAGCCCUGAAGAAGAAGUAUGGUCCAGGGGUGCUAGUUGACGACAGUGACUCUGGUGACAGUGAUGACGAGCCGGACCAGUUCAAGAACCACGUGCACCGCAUGGGACUGGGCCGUGGCUACGCUUCGGCUGCUGCUGCCAAGGCCAAAGCUGCUCAAGCAAGCAAUGGCGACUUGGAUGUGGAAGUGCAGUCGCGGAUGAAGCUCAUGGGCCUUGGACGCGGCCGUCCUGUUCCCCGCAACUGAUGAGUGGCAUCAAGAAGCCCUCAGCAGCUCCUGGGCACAGCGCUCUAUACAGGCAAUGGAGCUGUGUUUGGCCGAGCAGACACCUAGGAGCUUCCUUAAUGCAGUUUUUAAGACGUAACAGCAGUGCAAAGGAUAAGCAUCUGAAGUCAUUCAUUACAUCGCAUCAUUUUUAGUAGUCAUGGCAAGAAACUCUGCAGAGCAUUGUGAUAACAUCUGCGCAUGCACAUGAGCAGCUAUCAGCUGCAGUGAUUUAUGCAUAGCGUAGUACUCUUUGUUAUUCACUCAUUGUUCAUCUUUGGAAGCUUUGUGUUGUCUCUCCGGAUAGUUUUGUUUUUGGUGUGGCCAAGUCCCAAGUGCCUAUUAAAGAGUUUCGCUCAC